UAUUCUUCAUUUGCGUCCAAUUGCACCACAACUCUCUCUCUCUCUCUCUCUCCAAAGCUUCAUUGAUCUGAACAUGUAGUACUACAAACCAGAAAAAAAUAAAAAAAAUGGGGAGGAAAACAGAGAAAAACCACCCCAAGUCUCACACUCUACCUUCAUCCCCAACUCAUUCAUUCUCUUCUUCCUCCUCCUCAGACUUUGAAUUCACAAUCUCUCUCUCCCCUCUCAAAUCCUCCUCCACCACCACCACCACCACGACGCACCACCACCUCUGCCCCGCCGACGAGCUCUUCUACAAGGGCCAACUCCUCCCCCUCCACCUCUCCCCCCGCCUCUCCAUGGUCCGCACCCUCCUUCUCUCCUCCUCCAGCACCUCCUCUUCCUCCGACACCACCGCCACCGCCUCCCGCGACUCCACCGCUAGCACCACCACCGACUGCGACUCCUCCCGACCCAGCUCCGUCGCCGAAGAAGACGAACUCAAACGCCUCAACACCACCUUCCACCACCACCAGCAGAUCAAAAAGCCCAAGUACUUCUCUCUUUCUAGAUUCUCUUCCGUUUUCCGCAAAUCCCGCGACUCCGACGAUAACCCAUCUGGGUCCUCCGUCAAACGCAUGAGCGCAACAGCCAAGGAAGUCAUACGCAAGUACUUGAAGAAAGUGAAGCCAUUGUAUGAAAAGUUAUCGCAAAAACAGAAUCAGAAAGUGGGAAAUGUGUCCGAUUUGGGGGUGAAAAUCGACGGAUCUGUGAAGGAAAGAGGAACAGAUGUAGUACCCAUUGUUGAGAACUCGAGGAAGGACAACAAUGGAGUCCUUUCGCAUUCGUUUUCGGGGAAUUUGGGGUACCCGAGAAAGAGAAGAAGCAUUGUUUCAAGCUGUCCAUCGUCGAUGCGAUCGUCUCCGAGUCAUUCAGGGAUUCUGUACCGAAACGGGUUUUCGGGUUUCAACAACAACGCCAACAAUCCGGUGAGAGGAGUGGGUUAUGCUGAUGCGUCGUCAAUGGAAGAGUUGCAGAGUGCGAUUCAAGGAGCCAUAGCUCAUUGCAAGAACUCCAUGGUUCAGAAUAAGAGUCUGGUCAGUGAUGAGAUGUAGAAAAAUAAAUUAAAAAAAUUUAAUUAAUUUCAGAUGCUUUCUUUGGUUUUGGAUCUUAGUAGUCACGAGGACUUGACAUAUUUAAUUUAACUUUUUCUUUUUAUUUGUUCAGUGAUAUUUUUUAACUUCAAUAAUUUUAAUUUUAUAA